UCUAUAAAUAGAUCAUAGCUAGGGUUUCUACUCCACUUCGCAGACGCUUCUUCCGCUCUCCCGCGGCGCCACCAUGAUCAUUUCUAAGAAGAACCGCCAUGAAAUUUGCAAAUACCUCUUCCAAGAGGGGGUGCUAUACGCGAAGAAGGACUACAACCUUGAGAAGCACCCGCUUAUCGAUGUGCCCAACCUGCAGGUCAUUAAGCUGAUGCAGAGCUUCAAAUCGAGGGAGUAUGUUCGGGAGACCUUUGCGUGGAUGCAUUACUACUGGUACCUCACCAAUGACGGUAUUGAGUUUCUUCGCACUUUUCUCAAUCUCCCAUCUGAGAUCGUCCCUGCGACUCUUAAGAAGUCCUCUAAGGCUCCCUCCCGCCCCUUUGGAUCCGGUCCUCCUGGAGACCGCCCUAGGGGUCCCCCGCGUUUCGAAGGAGACAGGCCGAGGUUUGGAGAUAGGGAUGGCUACCGCGGGGGUCCUCGUGGAGGUGGUGAUUUUGGUGGUGACAAGGGUGGUGCUCCGCCAGAGUUUCAGCCAUCGUUUAGGGGCACUGGUGGUCGUCCAGGAUUUGGUCGGGGUGGAGGUGGAUAUGGCCAGAGCUCUGCACAACCAGCUCUGGAGUAGAGUAGCUUGCCAUUCCAUUGUCCCUUUUCUCAAUUUUUUUUUUUUUGUUCCUAUUUAUUUCUUGUUUUGUGUUACAAGAUAGUAAAUUUCUGUAUGGGGUCUAAUAUCAAACUUGAUUCAUGCCUUACUCUUUACA